UCAGUCAUUGGCUGUAGCGUUUUCUGUUGGCGCAGGUGAUUGGUUGAUGCGAGGAGCUGGUGUAGCGUCACUCGCGGCGGUGGCCAUUGCAGUGUCCCGGCAAGUGAGGUUGGAGGUCGGUGAGCAGGCAGUUCCUAAUCAUGGCGGGUCGAAGAGCUGCAAUCAAGGCUGUGGACUGGUUGGCUUUUGCAGAAAGAGUUCCCCCCAACCAGAAGCCAAUGUUCAACGCACUGAAGACUCGCAGUGAUUCCAUAGCCGCAAAGUUGACUUCUCUCCCUACCAAGCCUCCUACCAUCGACUGGGCAUUUUACCGCACUGCAAUAGCCAAGGCAGGCUUAGUGGAUGAGUUUGAGACUAAGUUCAAUGCCACUACUAUCCCAGAGCCAAAGGACACCCAGACAGAGAAGAUUAAUGCCCAGGAGCAGGAAUCUAAUAAAGCCGCUCUAGCUUACAUUGAAGAAUCCAAAGCCAAGAUGGCAGUGUUUGAGAAGGAGCUGGUCAAGUUCAAGAACAUGAUUCCCUUUGACCAGAUGACCAUUCAAGAUGUAAAUGAUGCUUUCCCCGAGACCAAGUUGGAUAAAGAGAAGUAUGUCUACUGGCCCCACAAGCCCAUCGCUGACUUAUAAACUGUACUGUUCUUCCAUACUAGAAGUCAAUAAACCAUGUUGUAACGUU